ACACACUGGAUUAUUUAUAAGCUCUCUUUCUGUCUCUCGGUCGUCUUCAAGCUUGGACAAAGGGGAAAUCGCAGAGCAAAACCCAGGCGAGGUCAAGGACAAUGGCGAGUUCUCAGAUCUGGAUCGGAGCCGCCGCUGUGGCGUUGCUGUUGGUCUCGGCUCUCGCCGACGACGUCCUCGUGUUGACGGAGGAGAACUUCGACAAGGAAGUCGGCCAAGAUAGAGCAGCCCUCGUCGAAUUCUACGCCCCUUGGUGUGGUCACUGUAAGAAGCUUGCUCCAGAGUACGAGAAAUUGGGAUCUAGCUUUAGGAAAGCGAAGUCUGUCUUGAUAGGAAAGGUGGACUGCGAUGAACACAAGAGUUUAUGCAGCAAAUAUGGUGUUUCUGGAUACCCGACGAUUCAGUGGUUCCCGAAAGGUUCCUUGGAGCCCAAAAAGUAUGAAGGACCGCGGACUGUGGAGGCACUAGCUGAGUUUGUGAAUAAUGAAGGAGGGACCAAUGUUAAGAUAUCUGCAGUACCAUCCAGUGUAGCCGUGCUAACAUCGGACAACUUCAAUGAGAUUGUCUUGGACAAAACGAAAGAUGUUUUGGUCGAAUUCUAUGCACCAUGGUGUGGCCACUGUAAAGCUCUUGCUCCUACUUAUGAAAAAGUAGCCGCAGCAUUCAAAUCAGAAGAAGAUGUAGUUAUUGCGAAUUUGGAUGCUGACAAGUACAAAGAUCUAGGUGAAAAGUAUGGUGUGAGUGGUUUUCCUACAUUGAAGUUCUUCCCAAAGAACAACAAAGAUGGUGAAGAAUAUGACGGUGGAAGGGAUUUGGAUGAUUUUGUGAACUUCAUCAAUGAAAAAUGUGGAACCAGUAGGGAUGCGAAGGGACAGCUUACUUCAAAAGCUGGGAUAGUCGCCAGUCUUGAUACUUUGGUGAAGGAGUUUGUGGCUGCUACUGGUGAGGAGAAGAAAGCAGUCUUUUCCAAGAUUGAAGAGGAGGUUGGGAAGCUUGAGGGCUCUAGCGUAAGAUACGGGAAAAUCUAUCUGAAGGCUGCUAAAAACUGUAUGGAUAAGGGUGCUGAUUAUGCCACAAAAGAAAUUGAGCGGCUCCAGCGAAUGCUUGAGAAGUCGAUCAGCGCUGCCAAGGCGGAUGAGUUCACCCUCAAGAAGAAUAUACUGUCAUCAUAUGCUUGAGCUUGAAGGAGUCACAAAACUCAUGAAAGGAUUGCAGCAUUCUGACUGUCUGCAACGAUUUGGCCCCGCCUCACCACUCCUGUUUGAUUUGAUAUGCUCUGAUACUGAGCGUAGGCCUCGUGUUAGUCGAGUACUUUCUUGGUUAGUGAGGAAACUCCCUUCAAACCCUUAACUUGGUAAUAAUUUAUCAAUUUUUGUCGGAA